AUGAAUCUCAUCCUUUCCAGGGACAACCAAGUGAAGGUGAUGGAGACCGUGGUCACCAACGCGGAGACGUACUUCGGCAAGUUCUGCACUCUGAUGGCCUCGUACACCCGCAAGACGGCCAAGUUGCGGGACAAGUCCGACCUGCUGGUCAAGCAGCUGAUGGACUACGCCAACACGGAGAACCCCGAACUCCGGACUUCCGUGAAGAACUUCGCAGAGGAACUGGCCAAAGUGCAGGACUACAGGCAAGCGGAGGUGGAGAGACUGGAAACUAAAGUCAUUCAACCUCUGAAGAUGUACGGUGCUCUCAUCAAGCAAACCAGGGCCGAGAUCAAAAAGUUCAACAAAGCCCGAAGCAACGAGAUACGACAACUGGAGAAGCUGGAGAAGCUCCGGCAGAAGUCGCCGUCUGACCGACACAUCAUCUCACAGGCAGAGUCCAACGUACACAAGGCCUCCGUCGAUGCCAGCAGAACCACCCAGCAGCUGGAAGAGACCAUUGAUGAGUUUCAGAAGCAGAAACUGAAAGACAUACAGAGGAUCUUUUUGGAUUUCGUCACCAUCGAGAUGGUCUUCCACGCGAAAGCUCUCGAGGUUUAUUCCAACGCAUUCCAAAAUCUUGAAAGCUAUGAUCUUGAGAAAGACCUGGAGGAUUUCAGAGCAAAAACCCACAUCAGUUCUGGAACCCUCAAUGAGGCACGGCCAGUCCCUGCCACCAACCCAUCCUCCAGUCUCCCGUGGUCCACGAGCAUCCAGAGUGUUCAAAGCACGCUUCAGAAGCUGACACUGCUGGAGAGCGAUGAGGAAUCCGAAGAGAACCAGUUGGAGGAUUUCAGAGACCACGAAUACGCCCAGAUCCAGCGGGGAGCCAACAGAACCAGAUGA